GCCGCGCUGAUGCUAAAUUCCAGUGGUGCUUGCUUUCCUCGCUAAAAGCGAAAGAAAACCGAAAAUAGUCGUGCCUACAAUUUAUUUAUUAAAAAAAAAAAAAAAAACGCUGAUGUGGUAGUAGUAGUACACUAAAUAUGGAUGUCGUAACGUUCGGAAUCAUAGUCGGCAUUAUCCUCCUCUUCUUAGUAAUUGUUUGCUUCAUCACAAUCGAAGGCACUUGCAAGUCACGCUCCUAACACUCUCCAUGGCAUUGGCAUUGCCUUCAACUACAAACUGCCUCCAAUUCGCAUUGCUUAUCCACUGUUUGGUUCUCGCCUCCUGUUUGGAUCUGGGAAUAGCGCAUCAGCCUCACUCCCAUUCCGCUUUCUGCGCAUCCGAUGCACAUCGUCACUGCGGAGAUCACCACCAUCAUGACCAUCAUCAUGACCAUCAUCAUGACCAUCACCAUGCCCAUGCGCAUGACAAGAUUGAUGCUAGGUUGAAGCUUCCCGAAGAGUUAGCGGAGGAGGAGGAUAUGAAAUUAUAUGGGUUUGGUAUCCCGCAUCACCACGAUCAUCGCAUUCAGACUACGGAACUUUCGGGUUUAGGUCUUUGGUUGAAUGCAUUGGGCUGUUCAUUUCUGGUGAGCAUGGCUUCUCUUAUUUGCCUGAUACUCCUGCCUGUAAUUUUUGUACAAGGGAAACCAUCAAAGGCUGUUGUUGACUCAUUGGCUUUAUUUGGGGCAGGAGCUAUGUUGGGGGAUGCAUUUCUUCACCAAUUACCACAUGCUUUUGGUGGAGAGCACUCCCAUUCUCACGGUAACCAUGAAGAUCAUCAUGACCAUGAUGCCAGUUCUGGACAUGGUCAUUCACAUUCUUUAGCUGAUCUUUCUACAGGAAUAUCCAUCCUUGCUGGAAUUGUACUAUUUCUUCUUGUGGAGAAGAUUGUGAGGUAUGUUGAAGAAAACUCUGGAGGAGCAAAUUCUUGGACGCAUGGACACCACCACCAUAACCACCAUAACAAGAAAAAAGUGAAAGAUGAUAAUUGUUCUACUGUCAACUUGCAGUCACAGUCUUCUGAUGCCAAAGAGGAGAGAUUGCUAGAUGAGAGAAAAGAUGAUCAGGUGUCACAUGACUCUUUGAAGGGAGAUAAUCCAUCUCAAUCUGAAACCUCACUCAGAAAGAGAAUUGGAAGCAAUGUGACCAAAGGUGAUAAUCUCGACACUAGUAUUGUAGAUAGCUCCACAAAUAAUAUCAAAUCUUCAAAUGUUAAGGAACCAGUUAGAUCGCCAACAAGUCUUGUGUUUGGUUAUCUCAAUCUUUUCUCUGAUGGAGUGCAUAACUUCACUGAUGGAAUGGCAUUAGGAAGUGCAUUCUUGCUUUAUGGAUCUGUUGGUGGCUGGUCUAGAACUCUGUUUUUGCUGGCACAUGAGCUGCCUCAAGAGAUUGGUGAUUUUGGCAUUCUGAUAAGAUCUGGUUUCAGCAUACCAAAGGCUUUAUUCUUCAACUUUCUGUCAGCACUUGUGGCACUUGCAGGCACUGCAUUGGCUCUUCUGUUGGGGAAAGACCCUGGACAGUCAUCUCUGAUUGAGGGAUUUACAGCAGGUGGAUUUAUAUACAUUGCAAUUGCAGGAGUACUUGCAGAAAUGAAUAACAGUGGGAAUACAACAUUAAGAAGUACAUUUGUCCAAAUAAUAUCACUGACAAUGGGCAUGGCUGUUGCCCUUGGUAUUUCCCUUGUAGAAUGAAUGCAAUGUGCUCUCUUUCGGACUUGGUUAUCGUGAUUCCUGAUGUGCCUAUUGUUUCACAAAAUAUAUGCAACCAGUCAACAAAUGUUUUCUUUAUAUUUGCUUUAUGCUAAAUGGUGAACCCAGAGAAGCUUGUAGGGAAGGGUAACUGAGGGAUCGAAAAUGAUAGAUCAAACAGAAUAUGGUCAGGCUUUAACACCAAACGAUUCCUUUCACUCUAACAGAGUGCGAACUUUGUACAGUACAUGUAUUUUUUAGUUUUCUUUUUACCGUCUUUAAGACUAACCUAGCACAAGCCGUUUGUCUUUGUCAAACUAUGUAUUUUGCAACAUUUUUCUCUCUUUUGAGCUGUAUUGCAGUCAAAAUGCUUUCCUUUUUCUGAUGCACGUAAGAUGAAGACAUUGAUUGUGACUGA